CCAGGGGAGCCAAGUCUCCAACUCCCUCCGUGCCGGUCUGAGAUCUUGUUUUGUUUGGCGGGGAGAGCGUGGCGGUGGGGAUUUCCCCCUGUUAUCCCGUUCCUUGCGUUUGUGUGGAUUGGACAGGAUGUGAUGGGAGCUGUGGGCGAGCGGAGAGUGUGAAGUGCUGAGCUCUAUCUCCCCCCCCCCCCCCCUCCUCCCUGCACAUUAACACCCAGACCAGCACACAGGCUCGGUGCUUGGCGCUGCUUCCUCUGCAGGAUUUUUUUUUUCAGAGCCGUGCGGUUCGGCUUUGCUUUGAACUGCUCCUGAAAUCCCACUGAAGGAGGUGAAGAAGGCAACGCGCACAGAUCUAUCUAUGUGUCGAGAUAUUUUGUACCCGUCAACUUGAAUCAAUGGCAUUGAGAGGGGGCGCCAAGCGACGUUAAAAGACGUUAUUCGGGAGCCCUCAGCAGGAGCAGGAAGGGGCGAGAGGAAUGCACUGAACUCGGAUCAGCUCAGUGGCUGGACCAGAUUGCAACACCUUCGGAGGGCUGAAGGGAAAGAGACACAGAGACAGAGAGAGAGAGAGAGAGAGAUCGCGGUAGCCAGCGAGUCCCAGCUCCAAUGCCUGCCUUCUAAUGUGGCUCUCCUCUGGUCUGUGAGAGUGUGUGUGUGUGUGUGUGUGAGAGAGAGUGUGUCUGUGUGUGUGUGUUUGUGUGUGUGUGUGGUUUCUCCUCCAGGAUGCAGACAAUCCUCAGGACCUACCGAGCUGGCCUCUUCUGGCGUUGUCUGCGGCGCCUCGGGACGCUCUUGGUGCUGUGGAGCUGGGGCUUGCUCUCCGGCUCGGCUCUGGGCUUCAGGAACAGCCGCCUGGACGCCGACUCCAAGCUGCCCAUCAUGGGGCUGAUGCCCAUCAACAAGGCGGCAGAGAGCAUCUCCGAGGGCAUCAUACCAGCCGUCGAACUGGCAACAGAACACGUUCACAACAAAUUCUUACCCAACACCAGCAAACUGGUCCUAAAGUGGUACGACUCCGAGUGUGAUAAUGCUAAAGGACUCAAAGCCUUCUUUGAUGGCAUUAAAUAUGGACCUAAGCAUCUGAUGAUAUUUGGUGGAGUGUGCCCAUCUAUUACAUCCAUCAUUGCUGAAUCACUUAAAGAAUGGAACCUGGUCCAGCUUUCCUUUGCUGCAACUACCCCAGUCCUGGCUGAUAAGAAGAAAUAUCCCAAUUUCUUCCGGACAGUCCCAUCAGACAAUGCGGUCAAUCCUGCAGUUGUCAAGUUCCUGAAGCAUUUUCAUUGGCGCCGGGUAGGAACGUUGACCCAAGAUGUGCAGCGAUUCUCUGAGGUGAGGAAUGAUCUGACCAAUGAGCUGGAGAAAGCAGACAUUCAAAUUGCAGAUACUGAGAGUUUCUCUAAUGAUCCUUGUCUAAGCGUCAGAAAGCUUAGGGAUAACGAUGUCCGAAUUAUUCUGGGGCAGUUUGAUGAGAAUAUGGCAGCAAAGGUAUUCUGCUGUGCCUACAAUGAGAAUAUGUAUGGAAUUAAAUACCAGUGGAUUAUCCCAGGCUGGUAUCAGCUAAACUGGUGGAAACCAAUUGCUUCUAUUUAUUGCAAUGAAAAAAAUCUACUCACUGCCAUGGAAGGAUAUGUAGCUGUGGAUUUUGAGCCACUUAGCACAAAAGAAAUCAAGACGAUAUCUGGGCUGACACCUCAACAGUACAAGCAAGAGUACAAUAAAAUGAGAGGUAGUGCUGAGUAUAGCAAAUUCCAUGGAUUUGCAUACGAUGGAAUCUGGGUCAUUGCUACAACAUUACAACGAGCAAUGGAUAGUUUGAAACGCCUUGGCGAUCCACAAAAUAUCCGUGACUUCAAUUAUGUGAACAAAGACCUUGGUCAGAUCUUCCUUGAUUCCAUGAACGAAACCAACUUCUUUGGGGUGACUGGGCAAGUUGUGUUUAGAAAUGGAGAGCGAAUGGGAACUAUCAUAUUCUCACAAUUUCAAGACAAAGUAGAAGUUAGAGUUGGAGAAUAUAAUGCCAUAGCUGACUCCUUGGAACUAAUUAAUAACACUCUUAGGUUUCAAGGUGUUGAACCUCCAAAGGACAGAACUAUUAUACAGCCCCAGCUACGCAAGAUCUCCCUACCACUCUACAGUAUUCUUUCUGCUUUGACCGUUUUAGGAAUGUUCAUGUCCAGUGCUUUUCUCUUCUUCAACAUCAAAAAUAGAAAUCAGAAGUUGAUAAAGAUGUCCAGUCCCUACAUGAACAACCUUAUUAUCCUUGGGGGAAUGCUUUCUUAUGCAUCCAUAUUCCUUUUUGGCCUUGAUGGAUCAUUUGUUAUGCCUAAUACAUUUGAGACCCUCUGUACUGUUAGAACCUGGAUUCUUACAGUUGGCUACACCACAGCAUUCGGAGCCAUGUUUGCAAAAACAUGGAGAGUUCAUGCCAUAUUUAAAAAUGUGAAAAUGAAGAAAAAGAUCAUCAAGGACCAGAAGCUGCUUAUUAUUGUUGGUGGGAUGUUGCUCAUCGAUCUCUGCAUCCUGAUUUGCUGGCAGGUUGUGGAUCCUCUGAGGAGGACUGUGGAAGAUUAUCCUUUAGAGAUGCCAUUGAGGACAAUGGAGAAGCCGGAUCCUGCUGGGAGAGAUUUUGCAAUCCAACCUUUACUGGAGCAUUGUGAAAAUUCCCACAUGAGUAUUUGGCUGGGCAUUGUGUAUGCGUAUAAAGGACUUCUAAUGUUGUUUGGAUGUUUUCUUGCUUGGGAAACGCGUAAUGUGAGCAUUCCAGCCCUGAAUGACAGCAAGUACAUCGGAAUGAGUGUCUAUAAUGUGGGAAUCAUGUGCAUAAUAGGAGCUGCUGUUUCAUUCCUAACUCGAGAUCAGCCAAAUGUCCAGUUCUGUAUUGUGGCUCUGGUGAUCAUUUUCUGCAGCACCAUUACUCUCUGCCUGGUCUUUGUGCCAAAGCUGAUUACGUUACGAACAAAUCCAGAUGCAGCCACUCAGAACAGGCGAUUGCAAUUCACCCAGAAUCAGAAGAAAGAAGACUCCAAGACAUCAACUUCUGUAACAAGUGUGAACCAGGCAAAUACAUCUCGACUUGAGGGGUUUCAGACUGAUAAUCAUCGUUUGCGAAUGAAAAUCACAGAGCUUGACAAAGAGCUGGAGGAGGUUACCAUGCAGUUACAGGACACGCCUGAAAAGACACAGUACAUUAAGCAAAACCAUAUUCAAGAACUCAAUAACAUCCUGAGCAUACAGAACUUCACAGAUGGAAAAGAUAGUGACAAGCCUCUAAUGAAAAACCAGCAUGAUUCGCGGUCACAGGUGCCUUGGGGUACCACACUGGAGCCUUCCAGAACAAACAAAGAUGUCAUAGAAGAUAUCAACUCUCCAGAACAUAUACAGCGCAGACUAUCUUUGCAACUACCCAUUCUUCAUCAUGCGUACCUGCCAUCAAUAGGUGGAGUUGAUGCUAGUUGUGCCAGUCCAUGUGUUAGUCCUAAUGCCAGCCCUCGGCACAGACAUGUGCAGCCAUCAUUUCGAGUCAUGGUUUCCGGCCUGUAAAGAAGAGGUUUCGUAGCCUGAACUGAAGGGCACUCAGUGUUUGGACUGUGUACUCCACCUAGUUCUUUGCUACGUACACACCGCACGCUCUCCCUACCACAGAGGAAUAGGCAUUUGAAACAGACACUACUGAGUUCCUGAGCCAGUUUGUGUGGUCUUGGGGAGAUGUCCUGAAUCUGACCUGUAGCCUUAUCUGUGAAGUUUUUGUUUCUGCAUAAACUGGAUGUAUGUUUCCUUCCCAAAAAGAAUGACAGGUUUUCUUAAGGAAGCAGGGACUGAAGGUUUAUCAAAACUGCACAAUGUUUUUUUUAAUGUCACAAUCACAAGGUGAGAAAUUUGAAUUGCUAUGCAAAAUUUGAUAUUUAAUAAUGGUUCACACAUUAAACGAAAUCCAGCAUAUAAAUUUUAAUUGUAGCAUAAAAGCAAAUAUUGUCACUAUUUCUGCACCUGAACAGACAAAUGAAACAUCUUGUACUAAAUCCCCAGGCAAAUGUUGAUAUGGAGAAUAAAACUUUGUUAUAAGUACGUCCACUAGAGAAAUAUAUCUCUUUUGUAAAAACAUAAGCCUGAUUUUGGAAGAUACAUUCUGUUAAGUUGCAGGGGUCUUUGAACAUGGUAAGUGGACAGUAUAAAGAAUGGUGUAGAAAUGGUUUUCUUACCAUUUUGAUAAAUAUGAAGUUUGCCAGUUAAAAAUAAUACAACUUGCUUGCGUCCUAAGCCUUUGUUCUGAUAAGAUUUGUUAUAUCUUGCUCACAAGAUGAUUUGAUGAUUUCUGGUUUGGAGUAUAUUUCUAAUACUACAGAGUGAAACUAGAGUGUGCUUAUCAAAAUCAAAACCUGAGUGUUACUGCUGGACAUGUAGAUUCAGUCAGUUCCUGAUUAAACAGAAGAGAGCAAACAAAUGGUGUGUUUUCUUAGUUCAAGAACAGAAAGUGAAAGAUAAACAGGUUUGAUAUAGAUGUAUGUCACUCUCCUCUCCGUCUUCCUAUAUGCCUCUCUGUAUUCUUGUUUAGCUAUCUCACUCUAUGUACAUAUUUGUUAUAUCCUUGUUCAAAAUACUACAUAGGACUAAUUGAAGGGCUGUCACAUGUGAACAAAAUGUUUUCACCAUUUCCCCUCAAUUGGCAUCAGCAGCCAAUCUGCUGAACCCAAGCAAACAAAAAAUUAUUAUGUUGUUGUAAUACAUUUGGGUAGUAUCAAAAGAUGAAACAAAAAUUUGCUUUGAAGCUAAAAUACAAGAUGUAAUAAGAAAAAUAUAAUGAGUGCAAGUUGAGUUUUAGCAUAACUUGUGACCUUUGUUUAUCAUCAGCUGACAGGUGGCUGGCAUGUUCAGAAAUCUGCCAUUCUGCUUGACAAUCUCCGAUUGAGUCAGAUAUGUCCUCAUAAGUAGCUUCUGUUUGUCUGAUAUACAGCACACAUUUGGUGCCUCUAGGAUCUCACCCCAUUUCCUUACACCCAUAGAAUUUCAAAGCAGGUGAGUAACAGCAAAGGUUUAGGGACCUCCAAAUGUGUAGCUGGACUCCUGGGUUUUUUUUAAAUAAGGUAGGACCUGUAUUUUGUCAAAGUUGACAUUAAACUUCCAAUUGUUUACCAACAUAAAACUGUGAUAAGUUUCCAGUGAUUUGUCCAGCUUGGACUAUCCUUCCUGUUAGGGCAGUAUUUUGCUGAAUUGUCUGGAUACAAGUAUGAAGAAUCCGAAUGCCUAUGACAAGUAUACUCCAUUAGGUUCCCUUCGUGAGCUGAAUUCACAGGCCAAGCAGUUUCAGCAAUUUUGAGGAUUGUGGAACUACUUGGCUCUGGUAAUGAAUUUCUAAGUCUGUCUCAGUGAACUAACUCUGUGUCAUCUCCUGUUUCUAUGAAUCAGCUUGGAGUUAAAUUAGAUCCCUACAGGAUGCUACUUACACCUCCUUCAAGAAGGAUAGUGCCCAGUUGAUGUCACUGACAAGUGUGGGCUUCAGCCUCAUUCAUAGACUACUUAUAGUAGGCACUUGUCUUGACUGGUACAGAGAAGCAUCUAAAUGGGAGAUUGGUGCUUUAUUGCUACCAUAGCUGUCAAUGGUUGUAUAUCAGAACUUAGAUUCUGUCUGUGUUCAAAAGGCUCCAUUGAAGCUUGGGUUCGCACUCCCCUGAGCCAGAUUUGUAGGUCUGUCAAUGUUGCACAAUCCCGUAUUCAUCAAUGUCAAAGGAGCAUGCUCAAUGCACUGAUAAACCAGUAAUAAUAAGCUUUUAAUUAACAUUGUGAAGAAAAUGCUGUUUUCUGAUAUUCUGAAUGGUAAAUACUGGCUGUUAAUGUGUUUCCCUGCCUCCUUAACUUUUAACCAGGUUUAUUUUUGAAGACAGUUCAUCAUAUGGAAGGAGGACUGACUACUGUAUAUAAUGUACACACAAGUUCUCUGUAGAAAUAUUAUUAUAACAUAGCAGGAAAAAAACAAAAAAAAAAAGUAUUGGACUUGGAGGUGAGCGUGUGUAUCUGUGACUGUCUGUGAAUACUGACUGUGUGCAGUUUAUUAGGUUUAAACCAUGCAGUACAUUUCUGUCUUAAUGAUACCGUAGUUCUUUCCCAUAAGGAAACAUUUUUAUUUCCUGCUAAUAUCAAAGACUCACAAAGUAAUAUAGUUAUUUAAUGUUUCUGUUCUUUUAUACAGCAGCAAAAAAGGGUAAAUUUAUGGAGAAGGCUGUGACCCAAUGGCAUUUUCCAAAACAUAUUCGUGCACAAAUGCUUUAAACUAGACUGGAAUUGCCAGGAUAAACUGUAAAUGGACAGAAGGUUUCUUGUACCCUGAUACUGCAUGAAUCAAUUUUUAAUAAAUUGUUGCAAAUCUGUUUUUAUGAAUAAAAUACAAAAAUUCAA